GUCUAUCUGAGAUGACUACGUUGGGGUUCCAAGUGGAUUUUCUGUGGGCUACCAGCAAAUCACCGGGGCCCGGGCACCCAGCUUUAGAUAUUUUCGUCAUCCACAGUUAAUAGGUUGUGGAUCAGGGAGCUCUAUCGAGGCUAGUAGCAACUGGGGCGCUCUGAAUGGGGUCUCUGCUCAUCUGAUUCAUUUGCGGCUUCGCAUGAAACAGGAAGAUUGAUCGCGGCUAGAGGAGAACGUGUUUUGUAGUCGGAGGCAUUAGCUGCUGCACAAUGGGCAACUUCAAGUCUAAGGCUAAAGCUAACCCUCAAGUGAAGAAGAUCGUAGAUAAAGUUUGGGAUCGAUUUGCAAGCACUAGUGAGCAGCAAAUGCUUGGAGUUCAAGACUUGUACUGUGCCGUCCUUCUCGUCUACAACGAUAUCAACAAGACUCUGCCAGGACCUUAUCAUGACCCACCUACCAAGGAAGAAGUAAAUGAGCUAUUGAAGCUUAGCGACAAGAACGAGGAUGGGACGCUGGACCGCAACGAGUUCAAUACCUUCUUGGAAACCUUCACAAAGACUGUGUCUGGUCGAGUCAGCACCAACAUUCUUCUGUUUUCCUUCGUUAUCCCCACCAUAGUUACGUUGAGCAGGCCCAGAGCGGAGCAACUUCCAAUUGUGGGUCCCGUUGUGAAGCAAGCCCCGGCGCCCAUCUACUCAGCACUUAUGACGACGUUGAUUGUGUUCAUAGGUGGCCAAUUCAAAAGGAACUAGUUUCCGCUGAUAAAUACAUGUCUAGCUCAGCGUUUUUCCCACAGUCGGACACAUUUAAGCCAUGGCCAUCGUGCUAUGCAUCGUUUUUUCUGGAAACUGAUAACCUCUGUAACUAAUUCAUGGCUCAGUGAGGCUCCAUGAAGUAAAAUUUGAGUUGUUGCUUGCAAGCAUGAAAGCUGGAAGCUGUAUUAAGUCAUUGGCGAGAUGUAAUGAAGCAGAACUCUCCCAGUCA